CAUCACUCUCUAUUUCAUUCAACCCUUUAUUUUUUUCGAAAACAUCGUUUCGGAUUCGCGGAUGAGGAAGAGUUAGGACAUGGCCAUCGACUCGAAACGGAUACCGGUGCCAGUCAAGUUCCUGUGCGCCUCUCUUUCUGGAGUCGCCGGGACCAUGGUUUGUUAUCCGCUGGACCUGCUGAAGUUAAACAUGCAGGUGGCAGGCGAGGGAGGCGCGAAACGCGAACACGUGACCACUUGGCAGUUCGCCAGCAGCAUCGUCAAAAGGGACGGCAUCACCGGCCUCUACACCGGGUUAACGGCGAGCAUGCUGCGGCAGUCCCUCUACACCGGCGUCCGUCUGGGCAUCUUCCAGACGAUCGUCGAUCAUUACACAGAGUACGCGCAAAAAUCUCUCUUCAACGCUUCGACGCAAUUAACAUUUAAUCAUGUUCGAAAGGAACGGACAGCCGCCUGGUGUGCUGAUCAAGGGUCUGGCCGGAAUGGUCGCGGGGGCGGCCGGUGGCGUUGCCGGUUUGCCCCCGGACGUAGCUCUAACGCGAAUGGCCGUGGACAAGCGAUUGCCUAUGGAGAAGAGGCGCAACUACAAGAACGUGAUAGACGCGAUGCUGCGGAUCAAAAGGGAGGAAGGUUCGCACGCAUUGGCCAGAGGCCUGAAUCCCGUCAUCGUGCGAGCGAUGGUCGUGAACGUCGCGCAAUUCGUCAGCUACAUCCAAGCCAAAGAGUUCCUCAUCAAUCGAAAUAUAACUGGUGACGACAGCAUCUGCCAUCUACUUUGCAGCGUGAUCUCGUCGUUGGUGGCCACCAUCUGCGCCCUACCACCGGAC